GACUUUACCGGCGAACUCCGGCGAACGCAGUAAGAAGGAAAGUUGUUCGGCUCGAUUCAAAAAAAUAUUAACGCUAUUUUGAACUGGAUUUUGAUAAAUUAAAAAAAAAUCCGAGCUACCUGUCCGUCAGUGGUCACUCCCUACGUGGUUUUUCAUCAGCUGAUUUAUCUGCUCUUCGUGGACUGAACCACAGCCCUAUGCAAUUUACGACAUAACCUGAGUCACAGUACCUUUUCACUGAGUACCAAUCUCUAUUAAAAUGCAUCGACUAACAAAAACCAUUCAUAAUAUUACAUCAAGUUCAUCGAGUAGAGUGGCAAAUCUUGAAAAAUUUCGGAUAGCGACGUUAUUCAGAUGUUCAAGCAGCAGCACCGACAGCAGUAGUAGUGAAAUUCCCACAUCGAACCUUACCACCGAGGAAUGCGAACCCAGCAAUGUUCAACAACCGAAGCGAAGUGGAUUUGCAAAAGCCUUUGAAAAGUACACUGCACCUAUUGUCGAAGCUCCUGAAGUACCCAAAACUUUUGCUUCUCUGCUCCGUCAUUCAAAGUUCAUCGAUCUAGGCGAUCCAAAGGGACAGGUUGUGUUUGGGAAAAUAUUCCACGUAGUUGACGAUGACCUGUACAUAGACUUUGGAUGGAAAUUUCAUUGCGUAUGCACACGGCCUGCAAAAAAUGGAGAGAACUAUGUCGAAGGUACCGCAGUCCGAAUCCGAAUAAAUGAUCUCGAGUUAUCGACACGGUUUCUGGGCUCAUCGUCAGAUCUUACCAUUUUAGAAGCUGACUGCACACUCCUAGGUAUAGCCUCUUCCAUUUCACAGAAACAAGAGAACAAAUCUACUACAGCUGCAACAGUGUAGCAUUAGCACCUCAGUUUUCAUGAUGCACCAUUGGUCUUGUAACAUCAGUUUCAUAUUAAUCUGUGAAUCGGACACAUCGACGUGGAAACUUGUAAAGUAGAACUUACUAUGACCGAAUCAAAGACAAUGCACAUAGGUUAUCUUUCAGGAUGGUUCAAUUUCAAACAUAAUUCGAACUUUUGAAAUACACUAAUGAGAUGUCAAUCUGUACCAUACUUAUAACUCAUGUUGAAAGCUAAUCUUAACUUUGUGACGCUUGUUAUUUAUUGAAUUUUUUUUCUGAAUUGAUCAAUGAUCUAAAUUUAAAUACUUCGAACUUUAAAUCUUCAAAUAUUUGGGCAAAAACGAAAACUUAUUUUUACAAGCUACAGCUCUUUGCGCUGAAAUAUAUUUCCAUUGUUAAUAAUUAUUUCACCGCUGUAAUUGCUACUUAUGUUGCGCCAUUAUCGACUUAUGAAAAGUAGAUUUUGUACUUUCUAUUGAAAAGUGCAUCGCAAGACGACAACAAGUUUUGUUUGUGUUUCCUUGAAAACAAUGUACAUAGACAUAAAGAUUAGUGUAGAAAUAUUGUACCAA